UAAAUUCUCUGCCCUUUAGUGUAAUGCUCUUUCCGAAUGCUGGACCCGAUUACAAAUACAUGCUGGGCUUUGUGCGCACCCAGCUAUCCACGACGACGACCAUUGCCCUGGUCUUUGGUCCGAAAAUUGCACGUGUUCUCAAGGGCCAGGGCGACAAAUGGGAUCAGAAGGCCAAGGUGCGCAGCAUAACCGCAUCCUUUUCGCUCAACGGCGUUGGCCUGGUGCCCGAAGAGUCGCCCGAUCUGUACCAGGAGAACGAGGAACUCAAAGAGCAAAUCCAGAAGCUGGCCCACCAAAUCGAGUUCAUGAAGACUGUGCACAUGCAGAUGAAUAACCGGCAUCUAAAACCAAAACCCGGUGGCUACUUUACCAUCACAUCGACCUCGUUCCAGGCGCCCUACAGCAAGAACACGGUGUCCACGGCGCAAACCCAAACCGGCAAGGAGGACUCCAGCGGGUUUACCGGAAAUGCGACGCCUUCGAAAUGCAAAUCGCCGAAGGGCAAAGUCUGACGCGGUCAACGAAGUGUUAAAGAUUGCUCAAUAAAUGUUGUUGAUAAGCAUGGAAGGGUCGUAGAGGAGGCAAUUGAUUUUAGUUUCUACCAAGCAGAAGCAGCAGAGCAGCAGGAGCAACUGGAAUCGGAGCUAGAGGGGCAGGAACACACGGAACUGGGUAAUGAGGCCGAAUUGCUGCGCCAAUUUCAUCGACUCUUUGCGCCCAUUGUGGACGACAGCCUGCAGCUGUAUUACGAGCUAAAUAACCAACUGGACAAGGCGGAGGAUGGGGAUGUGCAGCACAUACGCAUACAUCGCACCGUGGCGGAGCUGAACGAGCUGACCAGCAGCGAGGAGGAGGAAGCGACGCUAAUCACACAGCUCCACUCGCAGCAGGCGGAGCAACAACAACCGCCGGCAACGCCCAGCAGCAGCAGCAACUCCAUAUCGUCCACAUCGAGCAGCUGUUUGUAUGCCAUACACACGCCUCCGCCGCCGGCGCAAUCGCCGCCGUCUGUGUCCAGUGAGCCGCAGACCCUGACGGAGCAUGUGCAGGUGCAUGGCCACAACAACAAUGAGGAGGAGGAGCUGGAGCCGGAUGAGGAGGAGCCCAGCAGCAGUAACAAUAACAAUAACAACAACAACACCUCCUGCUCAUUGUCCUCCACGCUGACGGAUAGCAAGACCUUGGAUGCACGCACGCCCAUUGUGGUUUAGGAUACCGAUCUGCUUUCUGCUUCCAUUUGUGACAACAACAACUGCAACAACAACAGUAGUUCGCUUAAUGUUUAAACUAGACUUAAAUAAUGUUUGUGUAUAUGUCUCUGUCUAUCUGUCUGUCUGUCUGUCUGUCAAAUAGUUUAGCUGGAUGCGUUUAUGCGUGGCAGAGAUUCGUGCCAAGAAAGCCCAACGAUGCAAUUUUUUAUCAUUUGAAAGUUGGACUUUUAUGACUUUUGCUCUACAUUCCAUUUAAUUUAAUAAUUUAGUAACAAAAAGUCAAAUAAAUACUUAAUUUUUUUGAAUUUAUAAUUCAAUUAUUUUCUGAUCUCGAUCUAGGCGACGCAUAAUCGCAUUCGGCGCGCUUCGAAUUCCUAAAAUUAAUUGUAUUUCUGUUCAGCUUCUUAAACAUACGCCCAGUUUUAAUCGGUUUUCAAACAUAUUUUUGAUCAUCCAUCAGCAGAACCAAAAAGGAAAAAAAAAAAGAAAAGCAAACAUUGAGCAAACUUUUUUCACUUCGUUCGGAUUGUGAAGGAAGAAUUUGGUGGAUUUACUGGCCUUGUAGAAGGUCAUUUGGUAGAGCUCAUAGAGCUAUGCCCUAGGGCUUAGCCUGAUUUUUCAUAAUUUCUCUCAUGCACCUUAGCAUAAAGUAAUUUAUUAUUUCGACGCACUCACUCACAGUACUUUGUUGCCAUUCGGUUUAGUGCUCUUUAAACUCUAAGUAAUUAGUCAAAAUUAAUUUACUUAACUCAACAUAAAUCUACUUAUAUGCGGUAUACAUAAAAACUUAAGGUUAGCAAAAAGAGUCGAUUUUAGUGUAAUUGGUAAAGGCAUAACAUAACUAAUAAAAAAAAUAUAAAAUUAAAACUUUUGAAUUUUAGCGUACAAUUUUUAAAAAUAAACAAAAAAAAAGUGUUAACAGGCGCGCAAUUUUUCAGAUAUAGAGUUGGGCUUAACGUCAGAAAAAACCCUUACGACAAAUUAUACAAUUAAUUAACAGUUAAGUUAAUGUUAACUUUAACGUAUACAUAUUGAACACAAAAUCAAAAAUUGCAAAAAUAAAUGUUAUAAAAUAAAGAAUAUGAAUUGAUGUUUUCCUUUUUAUGCAUAAACCCUCAGAAGGGCUAUCUGCGGCACACCGAAGACUUAAUAGACUUUUCGGCCGAUCGUUCCUAUGGAAGCUAUAUGAUAUAGUAGUCCGAUGUUGACCGAAUUUGGCAUA